CAUCUAGAAUGGAAGACUUUAAUUACACUGAGAGACUAGAUAUGUGCAGUUAUUCUCCACAGAGCAAAAAAGAUGAGGGAAAAUAUGAGUCAGGUGUUCAAGCUAUGGAGUUCUGACUGGGUUAAAUAGUUUCCACCAGGCAGUGAAAUGUUCAAACUCUGGCAUUCUGACUGGGUUUAGUGGUUUCCAGUUGCACAUCUAUUUAGGGCAAAUUAAUCUGGGGAGAUAAGAAAACGUUUUUUUUGCAUGAAAUUGCUGGAAUAGAAUGCAUUGCCUGAAGUGAUGGAAGAAUUAGAGUCGAUAGUAAUUUUCAAAUUGCACUUAAAAUAUGAUUGCAAAAGGAGAGUAGUGCUUGGCUAUCAAGAGCAUUAGAAUGGGGGGUGUGAUUGAGUAAACACUUUCAAAGACCCAGAGCGUCCUCUUGUGUUGUCUGACGGUGUGAUACUUGUCAGUUUCCUGACAUAGAACUGGCCUUCCGAUGUUUACUGCUGCUACAAAUGGGUCUCCUAGCAACUAUAUUGUUUACAAUCGAUGUCAGGAUGGGAGUGAAGUCAGGCUCGGCCAGUGCGAACGCUGCUUUCGUAAUGUGUCCGCAGUGAACAGGGUCAUUCGGGAAAAGCAGCACAACCCCCCCUGCCCCCCCUGCGAUGGCCCACAAGUACGACACGCUUCUUGCUGGGAAAUCUGAGUUCAGCAAAACACGCUCGGACAAGCCGCCACUUCCCCAACCCUGGUACAAGGAGAGGUUAAAGACUAAGUAUCUCAAAAAGAAUCCUACCGUGUUGUCUGAUGCUUUGAACGGACAUCGAUGGCGUUUCUUGAAAAGUGGACUGGAUGAUUUCCGCGAUGGCUAUCCACCUCAGACACAGGAAGACUUAGCCAUGAUAUACAGUGUGAAGGGUGCUGGGCCUCGUCCCUUUCUCGUGAACGUCACCGAAACUUUCAAACCUGCUCAGCGUGUGUCAAACAGGCUGACUAAAUCACAGAUAUGUUUUUCCAAGUCUCUGCCAUUACAACAGACUAGGAGGGAGCAACUGGAAGAGAUUGAAUAUGGCUUGAGUCAGCAUCCAUUAGCUCUUUAUCCACACCUGGAGGAAGGAAUACCUCCAAAGCUCUUUGAGGUAAUUGUAGGUCUCCUGGAUCCAGAGAUGCUAUUGACUGAGGAUCUUUGUGUAGAAGUACCUGAGGAAAUGAAGCAGACAGUUAUAAAACCAAAAAAGAAGACUCAACACAAAAAAUGUUUAGAAAAUGGUGAAGAACCAAAGCAAAGAAACCCCUAUAAGUGGAUUUUAUUCAAAGGGAAAGAGAAAGAAGACCAGAAAACCAAUCGAAAAUGGGAUAAAAAGAAAGGACAAGAUGAAGAAAUAAAACAAAUAACAAAGGAAUUUUGUGACUGGGUAGCUUCUCUGGGUGGAGAUGACCACAAUAUAGAAGAAUCUACAAUCAUGAGCCUUUUUGCGAGUGACUAUGAAACCAAUCCUGCCCUACCCAUACCUAUCCAAGUAAUGGAGUUGACCAACAUUCCUACUGAGCUAAGGAUGACAGUGGGAACACCUCCGCCACGACCUUCACGUAGACUCCGCAAAACCACUAACUUGGAAUCCACCCAGCCAUAUGGGGAUAAAUAUAUAUAUGGAGCCUGGUAUUUGGACCCAAAGACAUGGACAAAAAGAAGAGCUGAUGAACCUCUGGUUGAUCCCAAUUUUGUGGCUGAGAAAGACAAAGUAAUUUUACCUGAAGGAGCUGGAGAGAAGGAUGAAGAAAUAAGAGGACUUCAAGCAACAAUAUCUUUCAAGAAAUACAUAGAGGCUUUAGGAUGUAGGAAACCAGAGUUCCUGGAGAAAUUAUUUGCUGAAGUUAAUGAAAACAAAUAGAUAAUCAGAAGAACAGCUUGAAACAGAGACCUCAGUAAUGCAGAUUUCAUUCUUCAUGACACAUAGGAUUCAUGCUUAAUUAACAUCUUAUCUCAACGGUAUAAUUUUAUCAAUGUUUAUAUGAGAUUAUGA